AUCAACAAUGGACCGGUUGGUUCUGUGCGUGCUGCUGUGUGCAGCUCUUGUGAAGGGAUACAGCUGCCCUGGCCGCUGCAUUUGUCAGCACCUCUCCCCCACCCUCACUCUGCUCUGCGCCAAGACUGGUCUGCUGUUUGUGCCCCCCACCAUCGACCGCAAGACAGUGGAGCUGCGACUCACUGACAACUUCAUCACCAUCAUCCGCAGGAAAGACUUUUUCAACAUGACCAGUUUGGUCCACCUCACCUUGUCUCGUAACACCAUUAGCCAGAUCACCCCCCAUGCCUUUCUUGGACUAAAAUCCCUGCGGGCGCUCCAUAUGGAUGGAAACCGGCUCAGCGUGAUAAAGACGGACCAUUUUAAAGGCCUCAUCAACCUGCGGCACCUCAUCCUCGGAAACAACCAGAUCCACCAGGUGGCACCCACCUCGUUUGAUGAGUUUGUUUCCACCAUAGAGGACUUAGAUCUUUCCAAUAACAACCUGCGCAGCCUUCCGUGGGAAGCCAUAGCCAGAAUGACCAACAUUAACACGCUCACGCUGGACCACAACCUGAUUGACCACAUUGGAGCGGGGACAUUUACGUUGCUCACCAAGCUGGUACGCCUGGACAUGACCUCUAACAGGCUGCAGAAGCUGCCACCAGACAGCCUGUUCCAGCACGCUCAGGUCCUGUCUGAUGCCAAGGGCUCCAGCUCGUCCACUCUGGCGGUGAGCUUCGGCGGAAACCCUCUCCACUGUAACUGCGAGCUACUGUGGCUUCGCAGGCUGACAAGGGAGGAUGAUCUGGAGACCUGUGCCUCGCCUGAACACCUCAUGGACAAGUAUUUCUGGUCCAUCCAAGAGGAGGAGUUUAUCUGCGAGCCUCCGCUGAUCACCAAACAUCUUUCAACCAAACCCUAUGUGAUGGAAGGGCAGGGCGUGACUCUCAAAUGCAAAGCAGUGGGUGAUCCAGACCCAGAUAUUCACUGGCGAUCACCAGAUGGCAAACUGGUGAAUAAUAACUCCCGCACCAUCCUGUAUGAUAAUGGCACCCUCGACAUUCUCAUCACUACGCUGAAGGACAGCGGCGCAUUUAAUUGUGUGGCGUCCAAUGCCGCAGGCAUCGCCACAGCUGCUGUUGAGAUCAACAUGAUCCCCUUACCCUUGUUUGUUAACAACACAGGCCACAUGCGUGAGGACCCCGGCCUCUCAGACAUCACCACCUCCUCCAAAUCUGGCAAUGACACCAAGGGCUACGAUAAGCAGGACAGGAGGGUGAUGGUCACUGAGCUGACCUCCUCCUCCGCUGUGAUCCGUUGGCCAUCUGAACGCCACAUCCCCGGCAUCAGGAUGUACCAGAUUCAGUACAACAGCACGGCGGAUGAUACUUUGGUGUACAGAAUGAUCCCAUCCACCAGCAAAAACUUCUUAAUCAAUGAUCUGGCUGCAGGGCGGGAGUAUGACCUUUGUGUGCUGGCGGUUUACGACGACGGCAUCACAUCAUUAACAGCCACACGUGUGGUUGGCUGUGUGCAGUUCCACACUGCCAGUGAGGUCAGCCAGUGCCGCUUCAUGCACAGCCAGUUCCUGGGAGGCACUAUGAUCAUCAUUAUUGGAGGUAUAAUUGUUGCUUCAGUGCUGGUGUUCAUUAUCAUCCUGAUGAUCCGUUACAAGGCCUACAGCGGCCCAGAGGACAGCAAGACCAAGGUCAGCUCCAGCAUGCACUCCCAGACCAAUGGCAGCCAGCAGCGACUGCAGCGCUCCACCUCCAAGCAAACAUCUGACGAGGGCCAGCGUGAAGCUCACGCACCCAAAGAGUGCAUGGCGCUGGUGCUGAGGGUGGACAAUGAGAAGAAGGAGGAUGCAGCAGCCACCACUGCCAUCCUGGAGGUGGAGCUGCCGCCACUAAAUGUAGACAAGAUGAAGAGAAGAACCAGCUUGGAUGCACAGUGCUCCGGCCCGCCAUCUGAGGACACGCAGACGGACAGUAGCCUGACUGGCUCCACCAUGUCCCUGUGUCUCAUAGGCCCCAAUGCUGGCACCAAGGAGGCUCCCAGGCUCAAGGACAAGAAAAGUGCCCUGGCCAACAUGGGAUUGCUCCCUAAUGAGCUGGCACGAACUAGGCAUAGAUUCUCCUUUGACGGAGGGGAUUACUCCAUUUUUCAGAGUCAUAGUUACCCACGCAGAGCGAGGACGAGGUGGCACAAGUCCACCAACCAGCUCAACAUGGAGUCAUCGCCGCUCGCCAACAGGAGAGUUACGUUCAGCAGCACUGAGUGGAUGCUAGAGAGCACAGUCUGAGGAAAGCAGUGUAGUCGAAAAUAAACCCGGCGAGGCCACAUACAUGUAAAAACACAAAUACAUGCCAUAUAACACACUUUGCCUGCAAACAGCAGAUGACGAACAUAAGCACAUUUACUUACACAUGCAAACUUUCUGUGAGUUGCUGGAGAAGAACACAGUCUCCCUCCAUUCUGCCUCCCCAUCAUACUCCCAGAGAGGUUUUUUGGCCAUGUCCUUUCUUUAUGCAGCAGUGCCUUAUUCUAAAAAAUGUACGAAUGGAGGAUGCUGCUCACUGUAGUCAUUAAAACCGUCCUCUCCAUCAUCGCCGCCCACUCACUCUGAUGAUGGGAAGCGUGUCUUUGGAUUUUUAAUUUCCUCCUUUUUUUCUGUGACAUGCCAAGGGGGUGUGGCAUUUGGAUGUGACUGUUUAAUUGUUUUAAAAAAUAAAAUGAGAAAAAAAUUCAUCAUAACUGUAAAGUGAACAGCCAGGUAUCCUGUUAUGUCAAUCAUGUUUUGGGUUCUUUCAAAAAAAAAGAAAACAACAAAAAUAAAAAAAAACUUUUGCACAGAAGACACGAGAUACAAGGACAAGUAUCACCACCAGUCUAUACAAUAAUAAUAAUUUAAAAAAAACAACAGGAUUUUACACAUGCCGAUUUCUAAUGUUACCAUAAAGAGGACAGACCUGGAAACCAACCAUGGAUUCCUCUUUGACAGUCGGACUGUAUGAUGUUAAAUAGGUAUUGUUCCAGAUGUGACUGUAUAUUAAUCGGUACUGUAUCUGGCUGGUCUAGAUAA